AUGUUCGACGCCGCGGACAAAACUGCGCCUGGCCAUUAUGGCCCAUCCCAGACGGCUCUAUUCUUGCUGGACUUUCACUCCAUGUUCGUGCAGCGGUUUUCUGGUGCCCAGGGUGCCGCAGCUGUCAAGGUCGCCGCUGAAAUGAAGGCUUGGGCCAAAUCGAAGGGCAUCAAAGUCAUUCACGCCCUGAUCGAUACCAACGCUACACCUUUCGAAACCUGCAAGGAUGCUGCACGUUUGUCUGCUAUCGUCAGUGCCAUGGAUCAAGAUGGUGCCGCAGAAUGCCCCGAGCUGCUCGAAGACGCCGGUGACGAAGUCACCUUCACCCGUCGACCCGGUUAUGUCUCCGCCCUCAAGUCUCCUGGCCUUGAAGACUUCCUGCAACAGAGCGGCAUCAAGUCACUCAUCCUCUGUGGAUUCAGCACUUCUGGGUGUGUCACGCGAACUGCCCUUUCUGCGUGCGACGCAGAGUACGUGGUGUCUACCAUAUCUGAUGCCUGUGCCGAUCCCGAUGAGGAGUUGCACAAGGUCAUGCUGGAGAAGGUUUUGAACAACCGGGGAUAUGUCGCCACCGCUAGUGAGAUUCGGAAGGGGUUCGAGGGAGUUUCUGGUGGAAACUAA